ACGUUACUAAAGGUUUUCACGUUCUUAAGAUACCAGUAGAGCGUACAGUGCAUUUGUACUUCAGUAAUAUGUGCAUAGUGCCUCGCCCAAAAAAAGGUUAUGCUGAUCGUGACAAAAAUACGUGUAUAUUAAGAUAGCCUCUUUUCUAUAAAAUUCUAUUAAUUGAAGUUGUCGUAAAUAUUUUUUGUUAUUGUUCCUUUUAGUUUCGAUAGUAGGACUAUCGUAAACAAUUAACUGAUAGUAUAUGUAAUGUAUUUUACGUUGCGAAUGAAAGAAAUUAUACGGCAUAGUUAACCUCGUAUCGAUGAUAAUCUGUACAUGAGUGAUAAUGCACGCAUGUUUGUGGAAAACGUUCGUAGCGGUGCAACUUUAUUUUGGUCACACUAAGUGAGUGUGUCAAAGGGCAAGGCUAGUUUUAAGAGAUUUGGUCUGGCAGUACUGCCAGUUGGCUUUUAGCCGUGACACGUGAAAGUUAAACAUCUUUUGAAAAAUAACCAAUGUCUGAUUCUAGUUAAUUAGACAAGAAAACCAAUAUUGUGAAAAUAGUUGUGAAACAUAACAGAAGAAUAUUUCAUUUUUACGUAGUAUUUGAAUUAACUGCAACAAUGAGUAUACCGGAGGGUGUGAAAAAGUGCUUAGCAAUUUUGAAAUCUGUUGAAACUGAUUCAGAAAAAUUUGCUGCAUUAUUCAUGGUUACAAAAUUAGUGGACAGUAAGGAAUGCACGGCAAUGGUUAAGAAACUGUUGUUCGAAGCAAUUGGAACGAAAUUCUUAAAAAAGUUAUUAUCUACUCAAGCAGUUCCUGUGGAUUGUCCUCCACAAGUAUAUAAAUCUGUAGUGUUAUCUAUACUUUCUGCAUUUUGUCAAGAACCAGAAUUGGCUUCUCAUCCUGAUAUGAUUGCUCAUGUGCCUGCUUUGCUUGAAAUUAUUUCUCAAGCUGAUGAAGAUGCAGAUGAUGAUAUGUUAAUUAUCGUCAGCGAAGCUUAUACAUGCUUGCAAAAUAUUGCACAAUAUCCCCCUGGUCAAAAGGCUUUACUUGAACAGAAAGCAAUUCCAAAAAUGUGUGAUAUCUAUUCAGAAAAGAGUUUCGAAACGGAUCAUGCGUUAAAUAUUUUAGUUUCAUUAGUUGGAAGAUUAGGCCCAGAAGCAUGGGAUGCAGCAGAUACAGCACCAUUUCAUGCUAUUAUGAAUAAAAUUGCAUUAGAUUUUGAAACAGAUCAUACAGAAAGAAAAUUUCAAUUAUGCACCAUUUUACAAGCUUUAUUAAUGUCUUGUAGAAAAGAUAUUAGCGUGACUGCUAAGGAUGAGUCUUGGCCUAUAAGCAUCCAUAAAGCUUUAUAUGACAUUCUUGCAUCAAAAAUAGGCAAAAAUCAACGUGAUCCAGCCUUAAAACUUGCAUCAGUAAUGUUAGAUCUAUUAGGCGCAGAAUGGACCUUAUCAGACAAAGAGAAACCAAAAGUGUUCUUUUUACUAUUAAUUCAGUUAGCAUCUAUAGAAGUAAGGAUGCAAAUGGAAGGAAAACAGCUUAAAACUGUUAUGACAAAUGCAGAUUUAAUUACAUCUUGUUUCGUUAUUCUUGAAAUUUCUCUGGCGUACAUUACAAAUGAUCAAUUGGAUUUGGAGCAGAAGGAAAAGCAGUCGCUUUAUACAGCUCUUAAGGGAGCCUUUGCUGCAAUUAUAGGGUUACUAACGUCAGUUUCCAAAAUGAAAGAAUUAACUGAUAUCAAAGAACGAGUAUUUAUCUGUGCUGUAGUAAGAGUAUUAGCAGCAUGGCUUGCCCAGGAAACAACUGCUAUGCGUCCACAAGUGUACGCAGUUCUACCUUAUAUUUUAACUGUAGCCAAUGAUACUUUUUAUGCUUACCGAAAUCGGAAAUUAGCAGAGAAAGCAAAAGCAAACGCCAAAAACAAAAAUGAUGAAGGACCGUCAUCCGUUGAACCGGUUACAUAUGAUCCUUUAAGCGAGAUCGAUUUAUUAAGACUUUUAUUACCAGCUUUAUGCUACCUAGCUGUAGAAGAAGAUGCUAGAAAGAUAUUAAUCAAACACAAACAAGAAGAGGUCUUGUUUGAAUGUUUAUCUUAUCACUGGACAAUUGUUCAUUACAAAAAACCACCAGUUCCUAAAUGGGAAAGAUUAAAAGCAUUGAAAGAGCCAGAAAAAGAAGAAGAUUUGGAAUUGCAUAUGUCUGAAGCAAUAAAAGAUUCAAGAACGGCCAUGGUUUCUGUAUGCAAUGUUUUAAUGAAUAUUACUGUCUUAGAAGCAAAAUUAGUUGAAGAGUCGCCAACAUUUAUUUCAUUAUUAAAAUUUAUAUUUAAUAAUCUCCCGGAGCUUAAACAAAUUGUAGAAAAUUUAGUAUUGCAUGGUCAUCUUGUGGUUUUAGGAUUAUUGCUAUUAAAACAACAAGCAAAACGUAUUAAGAAGAAUGACUUUUCUAUAUGUCGAUAUAUUCAAGCUACUAUAAGAUUCUUAUGGGAUGCGUAUAUAAUCGAUGAAAGUAAUGAUCCGACUGAACUCGUUGUUGCUAUGUCAUAUAAAGAACGAUGGAUGGAACUUAUGGAAUUGUGGUUUCUUGGAAUGCAAACAAUGGCUGGCGUUUUACAAGUUAUACCUUGGCUAGCACAAUUUACUCUUGAAUCAGGUUGGGCCGAAGAAAUUAUUGAAACUCUGAAAAAAGUGAAAAUAGGAAGCCUUCAACCAAAUGUAAAAUCUGCCUUUGAAGAUCUAUUAUGUCAUUUAGUGAAAGCAGAUGAAAAUAUUGCUUCUGUUUUAAAGAAACGUGGAGCUUUAACUGUGUGCAGAAAUCAUCGCAUGAUGGAACUUGGAAAACAUCUUUUUGGAGAUUAAAACCAAUACACAGAAUUCAAUUAAUUUUAAAUGAAAGAAUUAUAUAUCGAUAGUAUAAUACGUCACUUUGUAUAUUAACGGAUUUUUAUUGUAUUCUUAUGUUAUUAAACAAUAGAGUCUUAUGCAAAAACAUAUUACACGUGCUUCAUAGGUUUGAUAGAAGAUAUUUAAAAAAUUAGAGAAAAUAAUUUUGUCUUAAAAUACACUUUACUCAGAUAGGGUGCAUUAAUCUUUAAUAAGUCUCAUUCAAAAACUAACAUUUUGUGUUACCAAAAUAACAUGUUCUAUUUACAUAUUUGUAAAAUUACGUGCAUACGAUUAUAGUUCUGAUGUAUAUUUAGGUAGCAAUCAUGACUGGAAAUAGUUUUUUGGCAAACCAAGAAAUUACUCAAUAUUUUUACAGAAUACGUAGUUUCUGAAACUUAAAUAUUAAAAUAUACGCAAGAACUAAAUAUUUUUACAUUUUAUACUAAAUUAUAGACUACUAAAAACUGAUACAAUUCAGAUGUUACUUAUAAUUAAUAGUUUCAAAGUGUAUAUAAUUUUAAAAAAUGUUUAUGUAUAUCGAAUGAUUUUGUAA